AUGAGAUUCUUACGACUACAAAGAUUGUUUCAAUGUGUUUAUGGACGCCGAUUUACGAACAAAAGCUGUUUUGUAACACGAUAUGAAAAUUCUGUCCUUCCGUACAGUACUUUAACCGUAAGGUAAGUGAAUGUCUUCGAGAUUUAAGGUUCGUAAUCGAAUGUGUAAAGUUUUAUUUCCCAACUUCCGCGUUGGUGCUCUGCUUUAGAUCAGAAGUACGGUUAAAAGGAGCAGAUUUAGUUGUAUUUACUAACCCAUGGGAGCUACUUGGGUCAAUGUUUGCUUGGUAUGUGCCGCAGGCCUCUCAGAACCCCUAAACCAUUAAAGUCAAUUUAUAUACACCCCAUCAUCUUAGUCACUUUUGGGCAAAUGUAAUUUGCUUUCACUCCACUAUCUGUUUAAGCAACAACCAUAUAAAGCGCAGUGAAUUCACUCAUUAUCUUUCAAAUUCCUAGAUAUAAAAAAAAUUCUCAACCCCAAAAUCCCGAAAAUGUGCGACCCCAUUCUAGAAAUUCUUAGGGACGGACCAUAAGAAAAGUUGUGGGGGAGGGGGGAUUUUCGAGCAGCAGGAAUUUUUUUUCCCUGUAUGAAUUUUUUCUUAGGCCAUAGCAUGAAUAUUUUUUAGGAUUAAUUGGCGUGCAUGAAUUUUUUUUCAUUUAAUUCUCCCUUGUGUGCAUAUUUUUUUGGGUACUUCGCCUGCCCCCGCCCCCAAUAAGUUUUCUAAUGGUAAGUCACUUAUGAAAAUGUAACCCCAUUCCAGUCAUAGCACAUCCCCAUAAGUCUGUUACUAGGAAUAACCUUCCCUGGGUAUCAUUAUGCUACCUAAUUUGUAUAAUAAUUUUAAAAAAGUGGUGGGUCAUUCCAUUUGAUAUCCCCCACCCUUAUGGAUGAAGAUUUCCUAUUAAGGGGGUCUCCGAAAGUUAUUUCUGAGGGGUGGCUUUAUCGGCAACUUUAAUCUGUGAAAUACUUCAUAGGGGUAUGGGGAAAAUUUCCUAUUUCCCAAGGGUGAGACUGUGUCGGUUCUUCUGAAGUCAAGUCGCCUCCUUCAUAAGGAAUUGUGGCAACUAAAUGGAAUGCCCUAGUCAAAAAUUUGCUUAUCUCUUUUUGUCCAUAAAAUAGACACAAUUAGGUGGCUGUCACUAAGAUAAAUUUCAAGUUCUUGGGUAAAAACAACAACUAGGUGGGGAAUCAUUCAGCUCGGGAUUUCUUUUGCUUUUAUUUUUCUUCCACUUUCCUAUAGAAGUAGCCAGAGGUCACAUUCAUGGUAUAAAGAGGAACUCUCUGUCCCAUGGCCCUAAAUGACAGCCCUGCACAUAGUUACACCUCUGUAUAACAUCUUUAACUAAAGUCACACUACUGACUUUUCUGUUAGUCCCCCAGUAAGAUUAGCUUAUGAUAGCAUUGAUUCCAACUCUGAUGGAGAAGAUUUACCACCUCUGGUGAUAUUACACGGUCUGUUUGGAUCCAAAACAAACUGGAGAACUUUAGCAAGGCACUUUCACAAGCGAACUGGGAGAAAGGUAACUUUGAAACUUCAGUUUCUUCUGUGUCGUAAGAUUAAAUAUGUAUAUAUAUUAUAUACAUAUUUAAGUGAUCUUAGUGUUUCAAGCAAUCUGAUUGGUUGAAGUAAAUAUUAUUCCAGGGAGGAGGGGGGACUCCCACAUCUCUAUUAAUAAGAAGUCUAAAUUGCAAAUUUUGGUGUAAGUUAGGGUGUUCAGGAUGGCUUAGGUGUACAUGUGUACAUGAAGAAAUUUAAAAAGUUCAUGAAAUGAUAGUGAGCUAGACUCAUGAUUAGACAUGACAUAGAUAAUUCCUAAGUUGAUAGCAUUAUUAAUAGCACGAGAACAAGGUUGUCAAUUGAUGUGAUGCAUGUCCCACAUAUUUUGACCCUCUUUUGUGUCUGAGUGAAUUUGUAGUAAUGUUCUUACUUUCUCAACCAACUUGUGCAAUAAUGCUUGCUAUACACCCAGGCUACCUGAAAUCCUGAAGCUACUAGUGUACUUAUUGUAAAUAGUUGUGACAGUACCUUUGCUGGGUCUGCAGGGUUUUUGAUAAUCAAAGACCCUUUGCUAUCUCCUUCAUAGAUCAUAACAGUGGAUGCAAGGAACCAUGGAGAAAGUGAACACAGUCCACAAAUGAACUAUUUUCUCCAGGCUUUAGAUAUAUGUCACCUUUUUCAAGAACUAGAACUGACCAAGGCUGUUGUUAUGGGCCACAGUAUGGGUGGAAAAACAGCCAUGACAUUUGCUCUGUCUCAUCCAGAGUCAGUGGACAGUCUUAUAGUUGUUGACAUGUCACCGACUAAACUCAAUUUAGAUGAAGACAUUCCAAAAUAUUUGGCAACAAAGAGGGCAAUGAAUUUAAAUCUUAUUAAGGAUAAGCGAGAUGCUGAAAAGAUGUUGAUGGAUGUAGUGCCAGUAAGUUGAUUAUUUUAAACAUUGUUAAAUCAUAUACUUACUCUUCCCAAGAUGAGAAUUGAUUAAUUAACAAUUUAUUAUUUCCAGUUGUCAAAUACGAUAUUGAAUCUCAGUUUUCCUUGUAAUACAGUCAACUCCCUCUAUAGCGGAUACUAUGGGGACCUCGAAUUAGCGUCCUCAUUAGUGAGAGUCUGUAAUAGCAGGAGUUUAUUUAAUUCAGUCAAAUAUCUAUAAUUCAUUUUUGGUAAGGAUUUAGCUGCCCUCUGUAUUGUCAGGGUGUCAGCAAGGCAAGAGUUGACUGUAUUACUUGCUUCAAACAGUGCGUUGUAUAGACUGUAUUAGGUCAAACAUGACAUGCAGUGUUUGUAUCUGAUAUCCAGACACCAAGAAGUGGAUGAAAAUAAUGAGAAACAAGAAUGUUUGUUUAACCCAGCUUUGAGGUGUUUAGAUUAUUACACCAGAUUUAUUAACUCUGUGUCUAGUAUUUGAAAUAACUUUCCACAUGAGUAAACUGGAAUUGAAAUUUACACUUUGCCGAAAUUUUAUAAUAAUAUGGCAAUUAAGGUAUUAUAUUCCAAAACUCACAAAAUUUUGAUACCAUAAAUCAUUUUUGUGUCUGAAAAUAGAGUGUCCCCAAUCCAAUUGUCAACGAGUAUGGAGGGUGAGGGGAGGUUUAGAAUUGAAAUUUACACUUUGCAGAAAUUUUAUAAUAAUAUGGCAAUUAAGGUAUUAUAUUCCAAAACUCACAAAAUUUUGAUAUCAUAAAUCAUUUUUGUGUCCGAAAACAGAGUGUCCACAAUCCAAUUGUCAGCGAGUAUGGAGGGUGAGGGGAGGUUCAGAAUUGAAAUUUACACUUUGCAGAAAUUUUAUAAUAAUAUGGCAAUUAAGGCAUUAUUCCAAAACUCACAAAAUUUUGAUACCAUCAAUCAUUUUUGUGUCCGAAAAUAGAGUGUCCCCAAUCCAAUUGUCAGUGAGUAUGGAGGGUGGGGGGAGGUUCAGAGCCACCUUAAAACACUCACCAGUAAAAAAUCUUUUUCUGCAAAUUAUUUGCAGUUAGUCAUGGCCAUGAGUGAUGAGAUCAAUAUCGGCCAACAGCAGAGAUGGUCAUUCCAAAGAGCUACAGCUGCUCCAAUUUUAAUUUGUCAAGCCUUUUGCAUGUAAAUACGUGAAUGUCAUGUCAAUCUCAAUGGGCUUUUCGUGUUGCAGAACUCAUUUUUGAGGUCAUUUUUCUUGACAAAUCUCGUAAAGACAGAAACUGGAUUUAGAUGGAGAAUCAAUCUAGAAGCUUUGGAAAACAACCUCCCUGAAGUGUCCAGUUUCCCAACAGAUUUCCCACAUCAACACUUCAAUGGAAAAGCUCUUUUUGUUGGCGGUGCUAGAUCAGACUAUGUCCGGUAAGUUAAAGAAGUAAAUAAAUACCCAUAGUACUAUUUUUCACUAGGUACCAUAUAAUGUACUAUAUAACGGUGAGUGCUGGAAUUAGAAGUGGAAUUAUUGAAUUUGCUUAGAGAAUAAAAUGUAAGAUUAUACCAAACACUAUCAUUAUGGAGAAAGCACAUUUUAGGCAUUAAAAUUUACAUUAGUCAUGUAUUGAUACUGACCAGAGCUUAGUAAUUUGCAUUUAACUCAAAGUAUUCUUCGAGCAUUGAGGAAAUAAGUUAUUUGGCACUUGAUGCGUUCCUUGCCCACUGAGGAAAAAUAAGAACCUUUGACUCAAUAUAAUUAAUAAAAUUAAUAUUCUUUGACCAUUUAGUGCAUGCGAAAGAAAAGUGUUCAAACAAACAGUCUACUAUAAAUCAGGUAAAGCUGCACACAAAAUCAAUUUUCACCUGCAUAACAAGUUAGUCCUGUUUAUCCAAACACAAUUAAGUGCGAUACAAACACAGAAGGCAAGAGGCUAGGGGUAGCAUAUGCUAAUUCAGCUUUAACAUUUCACCCUAAUCUAUGUGCAGUAGAAUAAAGUCCUCCCUCUAACUAGUAAGUAUUUGAAAUUUCUUUAUAGGGUAGAAGAUUAUCCAGCCAUUCACAAAUUAUUUCCUAGAGCAGGCAUUAAAUUUAUAGCAGAGAGUGGACACUGGCCACAUGCGGAAAAACCGCAGGAAUUUUUAGACAUGGUUACAGCAUUUCUGGAAGAGUGUCUACAAGAUCAUGAGUCACCAGAUGAAGAAGAAACCUGAGAAGUUACAGAUAACCUUUAGUUUGAGGAGAGAGGAUAAACUGCUCGAUGUUUCUUUCAGUUAGGCUUCAUUAGCUUGUGAAUCAAAAGGAAUGCAUAUGAGUGGGGGGGAACUUAACUCCUUAACCCCUUUUAUAUACCAUUUUGACAGAAAAGGUGCCUGUUCCAUAUACCAUCCAUUAAAAAAUGGUAAAAGUCUGUCACUAAAUCAGAAAGUCUUCUAGUCAUUUUGGUGUAAUGUGAAUGGAUUAAAAUGAUAUGGCUAUAAUUUAUGGCCCUCUUGAAUACUUAAUAGAUUUUCCUACACUUUCAAAUACCUCAAGUCAUGAAUUCCCUACCCUUUGAUACAUCUGAAGCCCACCCCCAAAUACCCCUUUUGGGCAUUAAAGCAGCGAUUACUCAGUGCUUUAUUCCAUCCCCUUCAUACACUGUCAGUUGAGGGCCAGGGAUUCCCUUUACAGUAUGAUAUGACUUGAUCUGUGGCUUCUAGAAAAGAAAGCCAAGAGUUGGCACUCACAGUGAAAGGAAUACUUGCAGCACUGGUAAAUUGUGAAAAGAGGUACAAACAUGGCCUUCAAUAUUAUUUGACGUGGGAGUGUGUGUUAGCGCCACAUGCAUACAGUCAUGAUAUUUUGUAGAUAAGUGCUUUGAACAUUUUACAUGUCCUGUUGAUAUGGAUACGAGUGCAACAAAUGUAUCAGAGGACCAUAGUGAUGAGGUACACAUUAAUUAACUCAGACUAAGUGACUGUUAUAAGGCACUGAUGUAAGAAAAAAAAAAAGAAAUCAAAUAUUAUUAGAAGCUAAAAGUGUUUGUUUGUUUUUACCUCAUAAUAUUAGCAGUGUUUUUGGACCCCUU